AUGUCGGUUGCUAUAAAUACAAAAAGUUAUGUUAUUAGUGAUGUGAUAACGGAUGAAAAAGAUAUUGGAAAAUAUUUAAUUCAAGAAAAUAUUGACAAUUCUUUGAAAUUCAAACUUUUGCGUCAUCCUUGGGUACCCAACACUAAUUAUAACUUUAAAAGUGAUUUUAAACCAGGAAAUACUCGUGCAUUUAGGAACAAUUGGUUGCACGAAAACAGUUCAUGGUUAACUUAUUCAGCAGUCGAGGGUGUGAAAGGAGCUUUUUGUAGAGUAUAUGUGCUGUUUAAGCCAUCUAUUCACAGAGGUGUACAAGGGAAUGCUAAAUAUUCAUCUCAUAGAACACAAAAUGAACUAAUAACAUUGUGUAGUAAAAUAUUAAAAGAAAACAUAGUGUGUGAAGCCAGUGACGCAAAUGCGUUUUCUAUCAUUGCCGACGAAACAGCAGAUAUUUCUGGUGUUGAACAAUUGACAAUUGUAAUUAGAUUUUUAGACAAACAGUCAAAUCCUUUUAAAAUACGAGAAGAAUUUCUAGGCUUCUUACCCUUAAAUAAAUUAGAUUCAGAAUCGGUUGCUACUCAAAUAUUAUCAUUUAUGGUGAAUUGUGGUCUUGAUUUAACUAAACUUUGUGGACAAGGUUAUUAUGGCUGUGCUACAAUGGCUGGAAAAGAAAGUGGUGUUGCUAAACUAAUUAGGGACCGAUAUGCCAAAGCUUUAUUUUUUCAUUGUGCUAAUCAUCGAUUAAAUUUAGUUAUUAAUGACUUAAACAAAAUUAUGGUUAUUUGUAAUACUACAGGCACAAUUAAAGAAUUUAUUAAAUUUUAUCGUGAAAGUAAACUUCGAAGAAAACUAAUACCUAACAUACCACUAUUUUGUGAAACACGUUGGUCUUCAAAGUAUAAAAGUAUUAGAGUAUUUUCUGAAAAUUUUAUUACAAUAAUUCAAAGUCUCCAAUCUUUAUCCAUAAAUGAAAUGACAAAUGCUAAUACAAGACAAGAGGAAGCUUUCAAACAAGACGAGUUUAUGCAAAAUUUUAAAAGUAAAUAUUCUAUUACAAUUAGUUUACUCAAUUUCAAGUACACUGAAAUACUAAAAAAAUUUCUCGAUUACAUGCAUAUUAUUAUUGAUAAAUGUCAGCAAUUUCGUUCUAGAAAUUUGUCGGAAAACUUUAUUUGUUGUGUAACAUCAUUCAUAGAAGAAAUGAAAAAUUCAAAGAUAAUGUUUGAAAAUCUUUACAAUGCUAUGAAGUUUUUGAGCUAUUUAGAUGUAAGGUAUGUGUUUAUUGGAUCCAUUGUGACAAAUGUUAUAAUUGAUGAAAUUGACUUUUUUCAACAAUAUGUCUUACAACAAAUAACAGAGACCAGCUCUUUUGACCUUAAUAGCAUACCAAAGUUUAAUGACUCUGAAACAAAAUUUAAGAAUUUGAAUGAAUUUUAUACAGAAGCUUUAGAAAAAGUAAACAAACUCUUUAAAAAUAGUAAUAUCAUUGACCUUCUAUAA